GACCCGGAAGCAGAGCCAGAGCGCGUCGCGGCAGCCCCCAAGGAAGACCAGCUUACCUUUGGUCGGUUCCCGGCGCUCUGCGUUUCGUGACCUUGUCCAGUAGAAGGCUAUUUUCACAACUGCUUGAAUUUUGACAUACAAGAUGAAGCAAGAUGCCUCAAGAAAUGCUGCCUACACUGUGGAUUGUGAAGAUUAUGUGCAUGUGGUAGAAUUUAAUCCCUUUGAGAAUGGGGAUUCAGGAAACCUAAUUGCAUAUGGUGGCAAUAAUUAUGUGGUCAUUGGCACGUGUACAUUUCAGGAAGAAGAAGCAGACGUUGAAGGCAUUCAGUAUAAAACACUUCGAACAUUUCACCAUGGAGUCAGGGUCGAUGGCAUAGCUUGGAGCCCAGAGACUAGGCUUGAUUCAUUGCCUCCAGUAAUCAAAUUUUGUACUUCAGCUGCUGAUAUGAAAAUUAGAUUAUUUACUUCAGAUCUUCAAGAUAAAAAUGAAUAUAAGGUUUUAGAGGGCCAUACAGAUUUCAUUAAUGGUUUGGUGUUUGAUCCCAAAGAAGGCCAAGAAAUUGCAAGUGUGAGUGACGAUCACACCUGCAGGAUUUGGAACUUGGAAGGAGUGCAAACAGCUCAUUUUGUUCUUCAUUCUCCUGGCAUGAGUGUGUGCUGGCAUCCUGAGGAGACUUUUAAGCUAAUGGUUGCAGAGAAGAAUGGAACAAUCCGGUUUUAUGAUCUUUUGGCCCAACAGGCUAUUUUAUCUCUUGAAUCAGAACAAGUGCCAUUAAUGUCAGCACACUGGUGCUUAAAAAACACCUUCAAAGUUGGAGCCGUUGCAGGAAAUGAUUGGUUAAUUUGGGAUAUUACUCGGUCCAGUUAUCCUCAAAAUAAGAGACCUGUUCACAUGGAUCGAGCCUGCUUAUUCAGGUGGUCCACAAUUAGUGAAAAUCUGUUUGCAACCACUGGUUAUCCUGGCAAAAUGGCAAGCCAGUUUCAAAUUCAUCAUUUAGGACACCCUCAGCCUAUCCUCAUGGGUUCUGUAGCCGUUGGAUCUGGCCUGUCCUGGCAUCGAACUCUCCCUCUGUGUGUAAUUGGAGGAGACCACAAGCUGUUGUUUUGGGUGACUGAAGUAUAAAGUGUUCUCUGUACCUUAGAUUCACAAACUUUGUAUUUUUAGUACAUAUUUUGAAGAAUUUCUAUAGUACAUAUUUUGAAGAAUUUUUAUAUCAAAUAUGCCGUAUACUUUAGAAAAUGUCUCAGUUGCUUUUAUUAAAUAAAAUGUUGAUGGUUUGAAAAAUUA